UCAGCUGUUUUGUACGUUCUACAUACUGAUCUGAGGAUCAGCUGGACGCAGCAAUAAACAGGAGGCCAAACGAUCGGAGAGGCUCUAAAAGCUGCAGAUGUUAUGAUCUGAAACAUCGGUGUAAUAUUUUUACACCAAAGCCCUUCUUCUGAGAAGAAAGCCUUUUAUUUUUGAUACGAUGGUGUUUUAACUACCUCUCUUAAAGGCUAUUUAAAGCUAUGCUUUAAGAAUUGUCGUUCCUACUGUGUGUGAUCUCGUUUACAACUUGAAUAUUGCAAAGGCAGGCCUUUGCUUCAAACCAAGUGAAACCUUACAUUUGCACGACUGAAGCCCACCCUCCCCUUGUCCAAACCAAGAUAACCGCUAAGGGCUCAGAUUGAAAGCAAAGUCAAAUAAUAAUAACAUACAGCUACAAGUCCUACCUUAAAAACUAAUACCAUUCAAAGGCAGCUACAGCUUCUUUCCCUUUUUUUUGUUAAUCAAUUUUAAAAAAUUAAGGCCAAGCCGUCAUGUUUCAACGUCUGAGCAACUUGCUGUUUGGGCAAGUAGAAGAAGUGGCAUCUGAGCUGAAGGGACCUAAUCCCUGCGUGACAGAGGCCGACGAAGAAGGAUGGAUGCUUGUCAACCUGUCUGAUGAAUCUGGCUGCAUGAUGCAGGCUGACGAUGAGACACAGGCCCAACUUCUAAUUGCACAUCCAUUUCCAGACAGUAACCAAUCAAACCUUGAAGACACUCAUACACGGACCCAAUGCCAAACUUCUAUUCCCUGCCCACCAAACAAGCGACGGAGGACACGUAGUGGCCGCACGCAAGGGGCAUUAUUAUUGCCGGACCCCGUGGCUAGUCCAAACCCAUCAAACACGGGUGUCACUACAUUGUCGAGACGGGCCGGACUGUCCGCAGCCUCCUCCACCCAGUCGACCUCCCCUGCUGGGAGCGAGUGUGGGGGGAGCGGGGAUAGCAGUAGGGCAGGCUCAGAGAGAGGCUGCAUGGAUGAGAGCUGGUUUGUCACCCCUCCCCCCUGUUUCACUGCAGAAGGAGCCACGGCAGAGGCCAGCCCGAUGGAGGACCUGCUCAUCGAGCACCCCAGCAUGUCUGUGUAUGUCUCGCCAAGCAACCUGUCCAUGGUCUCCAACAGCAACCUCUCCGUGGUGGGCGAGGAAAGCAUUGUGAGCAUGACGAGCAGCGUGAGAGUGGCUGAGCCAGCUGCUGCUCCGCCCACUCACACCCCUGGGCCAUUCAGGGUGAGUUUUGGACCUCAUGUCCAGCCUAAGGUUGCCCAAGUGGCCAGAGUCCAGCGUAGCAAAGCUCGCAUCGAGAGGCGCCAACUGAGCCGCAACCGCAUCCAACGCCAAAAUCGCACCAGGGAGCAGAUUCCUCGCCACGCAAGUCACGCUCGAAACACCUUCCUGCACCAGCCAAGCAAGCGUAACUUCUGCCACUAGACCCCAAGAAAAUGGGGGGCAUUGUUUACUCUUGAGGGCAUUACAAGAGCAUAGUCAGCUUAACACGCAUUCAGUGCAUUUAAGCAUCUGGGUUAUUUUCGGCACAUUCUGUCUCAUUGAAUUUUUAGUAUCGACAAAUUGGAUUUUCCCUAUUCUGCUAUUAAGCCCUCAGAGUAAAUCUGAAUAGAACUUAACUAUACAUUUCUGCGGUGCCCAAACAACAACAAAAACAAAACAAAAAAAUAGCUAUUCAUUUUCUCUUCUUUCGUAAAAUAUCUUGGACUCUUUCCCAAGGUGUGUUUGGUUGAACCAUAACCAAAUUACAACCCUGACAUCAAUUACAAUACAUUGGUGAACUUCAUGACAGUAAUUUUACAUUAAUAAGCGAUCUUCUCUGACUGAACAGAAAAGAAAAUUGUGGGAACUUUGUGGAGCUGCGACAUGGCUUAACUGUAUUUACAGAGAAAGCAGCUCAUCAUUUCCUUUAUGUUACGUUAAUACGUCCACAUGAAACUGAAAAAAUGGGAUGGAAAUACCGUGUGUGUUGAUGAUGAUGAUGAUGAUGAAAAGCACAGUAACAGGUUCAUGAAUGCAAGCGAAAUAAUUAGAAACAGGCCUUGUGUUUGGGUCACAUGAUAGGAUAGGAUACAGUAAGUGUAUCGAGCAGAAUUGAUGGUAUAGCUCUUUAUUUUGUUUUGUUGAUUUUAUAGUCUCUGCACAGUUACACCAAUAUCAAAUCUGUUCAUAAAGAGAAGGUCAAUCCAUUCAAAGUUGCUGGUUGCAAAUUGCACACCGCAUGAUAAUGAGCAUUAAAUUGUGCGAUCUGCCAGCGGAAGCAAUGUGCCCAGCGCACACCAGCCACAGUGUGUGCUGUGAUUCUCCCCAUUUACGAAACAAACAAACAAUAAAGGAAGAAUGAUGGUUUUAUACAUCAGCCCCUUUCUUUUUAAAAAAAAAAACAACAACUCUGAAGCAGUUUUUCACAUCUUUUGAACAUCAACACCCGCUGUUUGUUCCUGUAUGCACACCAAACUCUUAACAUUGUCCAAUUAGAGGUUCAGCUUCAUGAUAUGUAUUAAACAACAAUAGUAAACAAUGGUGCUGAAGUGUAAACUAAUGUUUGUAUAUUAUUGGAGACAUGGAUGUACGUUUGCACUGUCUUACAUUUUUGUGAGUCGAAAGUUUUAGCAGUGUGCUGUGUGCUUGUGUGUUUUCUUUUGUGACCCUUUCCCUUAUUUUUUGCUCCAAAACAUUCAUUAUGAUAGUCCUGUAUUAUUCCUGUAAAUAUUCUAAAAACAAACUUAUAGUACUCUGUUAGAUGUCAAAGCCUCUCAAGACCGAGUCCACACUUAUGAGUUCAGCGGGACUGCGGUGAAUCCUCUCUCUGCCUCGUUUCGGUGCUCCUUCUCAAUUUGCCAAGAUGGCAUUUUGCCCCAUUUUGAGUCACAUCUUAGUGAGGAGCACAAUGAAAAAUCACACCAGGCUCAAGAGUCAAUGUGGCAUAGGCUCACACUGCCUCCCAGGGCGUCAGUCCACUUGGACUCUCGUGAGGACAUUGACAUGGUUGUAAUACAGUCUAUACUGCUGUGUUCAAAAGAAAUUGUGGCAAACUGGUGAUGCUUUCACAAUGGAAUGAUGAAUGAGAGUGUUUUUAAACCAUCCAUCCAUGUAAUUGAUUUUUUUUUAUUUUAUUUACAAACCAAAAUCGUUUUGUUUCUCUAAGUAAUCAUGAAAGUCCAUGUUUUAUUAAAAUAUCUAUUAAUUUAUGAUGUUAUUCCCCCCCCCCCCCCCCCCCCUGUUUUCUAUAUUUGUGUUGUGCAGAGUAGACAUGAAAUGACACGCACAACUGAAUUCUUGAUUGUGGGUGGGUGUAUGUGUAUGCAUGCAAAAUGCAAAGAUCAAGCUGCAAAACUGUCCUGUUUAUUUAGAUUUUUAUCCUCACCUGUGUCAUAUAAGAAGGAAAUGUACUCUCAGUGUGUUGUGUGCAGCAUUGGAAAGUGUGCGUUCAGAGUAAAAGAUUUACAACUGUGUGGUGACAUAGUGGUCGUACUAUGUGUUGAACACUUAAGAUGAAAGCAAGUGGACAGGUGAAUGAUGAGGCAGGAGACAGUUUAUAUUGAAAGAAAUCAAAUGAUGUAUCUUAUCAUAACACAAUAUGCUUGUAUUUUCCUGGUCUAGUAAUUAGCGCUGGGUUGUUUAAAUGAAAAACAUUGAAUGUCUGGGGAGCUUCUGAUGUUUAUGUUGUGCCCUGAAAUGAUGGCAGCUUACCAACACAUGGGGUUUGGCUCAUGUUACAUCUCAAGUUGUACUCACCUCCCCAUGAAAUGAAAUAUUUAGACACAUAAAAUGUGGUGUAUCUGAUAUCUGUGGUGAUUGUGCCUUUCACUUUUCCUGCAUGGUUUUUGUGAUUUGUUUUCCAUCCCGAAUGUGGACAGUUGUCCACAGACAGGCGAAACCUAUGCAAAAUGAACUGAUGGGUAUUCCAGCAUCCAAUCAGAAAACACAGGUACCCACCCACCAACCCACUCUCAAAACAAGACAAUAAAUGCUCAGGUUAAUGCCUGAA